UCAACAAAAAACGCGGAAGUAUUAUGAAUGGCAACAUCGAGAUGUGUUGUUAUUGUUUGUGGUCUAAUUGCUUGGUAAAUACUGCUUCUAUUCUUACGGUCUACUAUGCAAUGUAGUACUCCUCCGCUGCAAUUGAAUGUGUAGCUGUAAUGUUUUGUAAAAAGUAUGCGGUGACGCGUUAUGGUGGUUGCUAGCUAACUCACCGAGGGAACUUAUUUCAAUUACCCAAAGUGUCCCAUCAUCAAGAACAAAAAAUGAAAGUCCGUUCGUCUACAUUUGCCUCAUUAAUUUUGAUUUUGGAAGUUUUGGGGGUUGCACUUUUCCUCAGGGGAUUUUUCCCUGUGCCUGUCAAGUCUUCUCUGUCGUCUAAGAGCAGGCAAAACCUGCCUGCGGAGCCCCUGUCAGUGGGCUCGCCUAAUUCGUCUCACAUCCCUCAGCCCUUAUUCAAAAGGGUUGUCAUCAUGUUAGUCGAUGCACUGCGGGAGGACUUUGUGUUUGGAGCCAAUGGUCGCACGUACAUGCCCUACACAAGACACCUGGUGGAAAAAGGCUCGACACUUAGCUAUGUGGCUAAAGCUAGAAUUCCAACUGUCACCAUGCCCAGGAUUAAAGCUCUUACCACUGGCAGUAUUCCAGGUUUUAUUGAUGUGGUGAUGAAUCUAAAUUCUCCAUCCUUACUGGAAGACAAUCUUAUUUGGCAAGCCAAAACAGCGGGGAAAAAAAUGAUCUUUUAUGGAGAUGAGACAUGGGUGCGCCUCUUCCCCAAACACUUCAUGGAGUACGAUGGCACAACGUCCUUUGUGUCUGACUACAUUGAGGUUGACAACAAUGUGACCCGCCACUUGGAUAGCACGCUCAAGAGAGACGACUGGGACAUUCUGAUCCUCCACUACCUUGGACUUGACCACAUUGGUCAUAUCAGUGGACCCCACAGUUCAAUGAUUCCGCCCAAACUUUUGGAGAUGGACGAUGUUCUUAAGAAAAUCCACGCUGCCCUCAUUUCAAAGGAGGUAGAGGGAUCAUUGCCCUAUCUGCUUGUUCUGUGUGCGGACCACGGGAUGUCAGAAACCGGUAGCCACGGAGGCUCCUCAGAACCAGAAGUCAAUACACCCCUGGUGCUCAUAAGCCCCGCUUUCAAGAGGAAAGUGGGAAUGGAGAAGCCUGAUGAAAUUGAGCAGGUGGAUCUGACUCCAACCUUGGCCCUGGCCCUGGGCCUGCCCAUAUCUCAAAACAGCGUGGGCCGUGUCAUUCCGAGUGUUUUGGAGGAAAGCUCACUUCGAGACCAGCUGCGCUUUCUGCAUCUCAAUGGCCACCAGCUGAGCUGCCUGCUCAAAGACAGCAUUCCAGACUAUGAGAAAGAAGCAGGAUUUGAACAGUACCGCGUGGCAGAGAAGGCGCACGGGAGCUGGGUGAAGCGCUACCUGGAGGGAAACGUGUCCGAGGUCUUGACCAACAUGGGCAAGAAAGUCCUGAAGCAGUACUUGGAAGCGCUGUCCGCUAUGAGCUCAGCCCUCAGCAAACAGCUGGGCAAGUACGACCUGUACUCCAUGAUUGCUGGAAUGGUCUUUGUAUUUCAGCUGCUGUUGCUCUUACUGCUGGCAAUGCCUGAAGCCCUGAGCAACUCAGCAGCUGUGGACCUUCCAGUCAUGUCGGCCCUUCUGUCUUUACCUUUCUACCUCUUGUGCCUGCUGCUUGCGUCAGUGCAUGUUCUGGUGUGUACAUCUGCCGAGAGCUCCUGCUACUUCUGCAGCCUCUCCUGGGCUCUCGUGUUUGCCGCUAUCGCCUUCACUUCAGCCAUGUCUUGUUUGCUGCUCGCUAUGAUGACGAGACGAUCCCCCCUGGGACUUAAGUUACACGGAAAGUCCCCGUUGAAGAUCAGUAGCACUGAGUGGUCCCUGUCAGAGUUGGACGUUUUGCUGCUGGCGGGCACAGCCGGCCACACUCUUAGUCUGGCGGCCAGCAGCUUCAUAGAGGAGGAGCAUCAGACCUGGUACUUCCUGCUCAGCACCCUCUGCCUUGUAGUCUUCCAGGACGUGUGUCGCAAGUACUUCAGAGAGAAGAGCGGCCUGGGAGGUGAAGAAGAAGUCCUUCCUUACAAAGACAACCCAAAGGAAGAGCUCUACUCUGAGAAGUGGCUAGCUUUAGCCACGCCCCCUUUUGUUUUGCUCUGCUGUCGACUGCUGCGCUCCCUCAACCAGACAGGUGUGCAGUGGGCUCAUCUUCCUGAUCUAGGCCAUUGGCUGAACAGCUCCGAACACAAACUGGUCCUGUCCCUGUUGUCUGCUCUCUGUUUGGUUUUCAUCUACUUCCUGAUUCAAAGACGAUGCUCGUUGGUGUCUAAGGUUGCCCUUGCACUUGGACUUUUGGGGGUCUACAGUUACCGGUCAGCUGUCGGCAAUGUCUUGUUUCCUUGGCAACACUCCGGUCGGAACAUGUCCAAGGGCAUCGUGGAAGCACGCUUCGUAUACGUGUUUGUUUUGGGGAUCCUCUUCACUGGUACUAAGGACCUGCUGCGGUCCCAGAUCAUCACAGCUGAUGCCAAACUAAAGAACAGAGGGCUAUGGGAGAUUUACAGUGGCCUGGUCUUGUUGAUUUCACUGUUGUUCCGUCCCCACAACCUGCCGGUGUUGUGCUCCUGUCUGCUCGUCCAAACACUUAUGGCCCAGUUCAUCUGGAAGAAGCUCCACUAUGAUGCAGCCCAGACCACCAUCAUGCACUACUGGUUUGGUCAGGUCUUCUUUUACUUCCAAGGUAAUUCCAACAGCAUUUCAACUGUGGACAUCUCAGUCUGGUUUGUCGGUUUAGACAACUACAUAGAAGCUCCUGCCAUCUUCUUAACAGCCCUCAGUACAUAUGCUGGGCCACUGCUUUGGGCUUGCCACCUUGUCUGUUACCUCAGUUCAGAGAGAAACAGGAGUCCUGCCGCAAUGGGCCACGGUUGCUACUGCCUGGCUCUGCUCAGGUCGGUGCCCGCGGCAGCCUACAUUGUUCUGGUGACUGCCCUGCGCUACCAUCUCUUCAUCUGGAGCGUCUUCUCUCCUAAAUUACUGUACGAGGCCAUGCACCUGCUUCUCACAGCCGGCGUCUGUCUCAUCUUCAACACGGUGGAACAAAGCCACACCUCUGCCGCAGCUUAAGACAGCUUCUUGCCAAGUAAGAGAGUUUGCCCUGACUUUUGAAGGGAAGAGAAUUGAAAGUCCAUUUAAGUGAAAAUGGUUUUUGAGGAUUGUAAGAUCUCAGGGACCCCCAAAAAGAGGGCUGCUUAACUAUACAGGGCAGCAUUUGAUGGUUUGCUCCGUCAGACCCAAAGGAAACGCAAUAGAGUGAUCCCUAAAUUCAGCUUUACUGUGAAAAUGAUUCGAUUGCUUUUCUAGUUUGCAUCGUAUUAAAAACAUGGGAUGUUUAUAUCGUGUCAUGUUCAGAGUGAGUGAGCGAGCUAGACAGAUAAAUACAGGACAGCAAAAGAAAACAAUACUGAUGACAAAGUUCUACAAUACAGUCGUUUCAAACGCAUGAAAAUCAAAAUAUGACCUUGAAUCACAAUCGUAAUAUUAAGGAUCAAAAUCAUUCCCCCAAAAUGACCAGGGAGCUUCCAUUAUCAAACCUGUCAGUUUGAUUGAUUAUUUUCGUUUGGGUUCGUAAGAGCACCAGGGGUCAAAAACAUUUUGUUAAAAUUUGGAAAGAUGGGACCAGGCUACCUGAUUCUACUCACUGACAAAAUGGGGUGAACGAAUUGGUUGGCUAAAGCGACCAAAGUGCUACUUGACACCUCUGGGGACAAAGAUGCACCCACCGCAUGUGCUGCCUCCAAACUUGUCACUCAGCUAGAUGAAUUUGGCUGCCUUGUGAGACUUUCUAACCUGAGGCCAAGAUUACCGACAUAUCCCAAGUCACCACUUGCGCUAGGAAAAGAAAUCCUACACAUGGAGCCAGGGCUGCUUGUAAAUUCAAUUUUUCUUCUUCCCCCUCUGAAAAUUGAAUUUUGCUGAUCUGGAAAAGUGAGAGGGAAUGAUUUAAAAAUAUACAUAUAUAUUAUUGUCAUAUUGGUUAUAGUUUUUGUUGUGAUAUUUUUACACUGAGUAAUAAUUAUAUUUGUACGACCGUACAGCUUUUGUUUUGGUCUUGUGGCUUGUUAAUGUAUUUUGCAGUAACUAUGCAAUCUUCUGUGUUUGUGUCUGUUAGCUCCAUUGAUCCUAUUUUAAUUUGAAUUAUUUAUAUAGCUUGUCAUUUCUGUAAAGUUCCGAAUCAAAUGCGUAAUGAAAAGUGGCAGGUGAUUAUGGAUUUUUUUUGUUUUUUAAGCAUUGUUGCAUUAUGUACGUUCUUGAUCUUAGAAUAAAUUAAUACCUUCCACGUA